CUAGCGGCAGCGGCGAGGAGGGCUGAGUGCGCGGCUGUGGCUGCUGUGGGAAUGCCCCGCAUAGCUGGGCAGGUCAGCCAACGAGUCCUUCUCUUCUGACAAGUCCUUUUAAUGGCUUUUGGAGCCGCUUGCUUUUAUGAGGCCUGUGUCCGCUUCUGCGGUGUUUUGCUGCACUCCCCGACUUCAAGUGCAUUAGUGUGGCCCGGCCAGGCCUGGCGCUGCGGAAGACCGCCAGGCGGCCCCAAGGCGGGCCGAGGCUCACCCCCGGCGGCUGGGGCUCGUUUCUGCACCCCACUCUUUCGCCACUCUGUUUGGGGCCUUUUGAGAAGUUUUGAACUUCCGGGGUUGGCUCGCCUGCGUUUGUGGUGUGGUGGGUGGCCGAGGGGCGUUGCUGUGCUCUGCGCUUGGGCGCGGCCCUUUAAACUUUGUUUUUUUAAACUUCGGGGGUGUGGUCGCUGCGCCUCCUCUCUCCCGGGCUGGUUGUUCUCUGGCCACCCGGUCCUUCCCUCCGCCCCGCCUUCCAGAUGCUUUGGAGUCAUGAGCCGGGAGGGCGCAGGGACCCCUCUGGUGGCCGAGGUGAUCAAAGAUCGCCUUUGUUUUGCCAUUCUCUACAGCAGACCAAAGAGUUCAUCAAAUGUACAUUAUUUCAGCAUAGAUAAUGAACUUGAAUAUGAGAACUUCUACGCAGAUUUUGGACCACUCAAUCUGGCAAUGGUUUACAGAUAUUGUUGCAAGAUAAAUAAGAAAUUAAAGUCCAUCACAAUGAUGAGGAAGAAAAUUAUUCAUUUUACUGGCUCUGAUCAGAGAAAACAAGCAAAUGCUGCUUUCCUUAUUGGAUGUUAUAUGGUUAUAUAUUUGGGGAGGACUCCAGAAGAAGCAUAUAGAAUAUUAAUGUGUGGAAAUACAUCCUAUAUUCCUUUCAGAGAUGCUGCCUAUGGAAGUUGCAAUUUCUACAUUACACUUCUUGACUGUUUUCAUGCACUAAAGAAGGCAAUGCAGUAUGACUUCCUUAAUUUCAACACAUUUAACCUUGAUGAAUAUGAACACUAUGAGAAAGCAGAAAAUGGAGAUUUAAAUUGGAUAAUACCAGACCGAUUUAUUGCCUUCUGUGGACCUCAUUCAAGAACCAGACUUGAAAGUGGUUACCACCAACAUUCUCCUGAGGCUUAUAUUCCGUAUUUUAAGAAUCACAACGUUACUACUAUUAUUCGUCUGAAUAAAAGGAUGUAUGAUGCCAAACGCUUUACGAAUGCUGGUUUCGAUCACUAUGACCUUUUCUUUGCGGAUGGCAGCACCCCUACUGAUGCCAUCGUCAAAGAAUUUUUGGAUAUUUGUGAAAAUGCGGAGGGUGCCAUUGCAGUACAUUGUAAAGCUGGCCUUGGACGAACGGGCACUCUAAUAGCCUGCUACAUCAUGAAGCAUUACAGGAUGACAGCAGCCGAGACCAUUGCUUGGGUCAGAAUCUGCAGACCUGGCUCAGUGAUUGGGCCUCAGCAACAGUUUUUGGUGAUGAAACAGGCAAGCCUCUGGUUGGAAGGUGACUAUUUUCGUCAAAAGUUAAGGGGUCAGGAGAAUGGAAAACACAGAGCAGCUGUCUCAAAACUCCUCUUGGCUGUUGAUGACAUUUCAAUCAAUGGGGUCGAGAAUCAAGACAAGCAAGAACCUGAACUGUACAGUGAUGAUGACGAAAUCCAUGGAGUGACACAAGGUGAUAGACUUCGUGCCCUGAAAAGCAGAAGACAGUCAAAAACAAACGCUAUUCCCCUCACAGUAAUUCUUCAGUCCAGUGUUCAGAGCUGUAAAACAUCUGAACCUAACAUUUCUGGCAGUGCAGGCAUUACUAAAAGAACCACCAGAUCUGCUUCAAGAAAAAGCAGUUUUAAAAGCCUGGUUCCUCAGAGGGAAAGAAGGAAAAGGAAUGCUUUGCAACAAAUGCCCUUAAUGGCAUUAUGUCCCUCCAUUUCAAGGACUAAAACAGUCUUGCGUUAAGUAAAAACCUGUGACCAGAACUGAAGGAAGACUCUAGGAACAGAAACCUACAGCAGAACUUAGCACAAUUUAUUUGGAAACAAAACAAAAUUGCAAAAGCCUUAGCCGCUUUCCACCUAAGAAGUUUAUUCAAUGAAGACAAUGUCCACUGGAGUUUAAAAUAACUACAUGAGUUUGGGCACAAGCAGUGACUUGAAGGAGGCCCAGCUCUCCUUUUGUAGAAACAUCUCAAGUUUAACGACAAAAAAAGCUAUUGUAAAUUUAGUCUCAGGUGUAAAUAUCAAAGCCCUCUGUUGUCAGGAGAGCUGACUAGUCUGUGUGGUGCACGUGUGUCCCUGUGAUGGCAAUCAUUUUAGCUGCUGGCCUUCAGAAGAAGCGAGGAUCUGAUGGAGGUUUUUUAUGUAUUUAUUUUCUGUUCACCCUGUGUCAAAAUUUAUAAAGAGAAAACAGGCAUUACUGAAAUGGUACUUUCUGUAAUUUGAUACUAUUUGGUUUAAACAUCUUCACUUUAAUACUUGUAAUAUUGUUGUAAUGGUAACUCUGUUAAGUACCCAAGCUGCUUGUCUUCCACCAAAGAGUGCUUUAUUAACAAGAAUCUGUGAAAACCGUGUUUGAGGACUGUUGGAUGUUGUGAUACAAAGUGGUACUUUGGCAGCUGAAUUUGCAAGAGAACAUGAGUGGUAGCUUUAGAAGACUCAGGAGGGGACGCUGCCUUCAGAGUCGGAAGAUUGUUGUAAGUCAUUCCUCUUUAUGUCAUUGAGGGACUGGAGCAUGCCAAGGCUGCCCACGAUUUGGUUGCCCAGUCAUACAAAUUAAAAUCCUGUUUCCUUCCACGCAUGAUUAAAAAAAAAACACUGUUGGUGUUUUCCCUUGGAAACAGCCAUCCCAAAUAACGAUGGCUAAAAAAAAAAAGUACUGCUUUAUUCAGGUUUUUCUCUGUAACAUUGUGGGUUUCUUUUUUUAUGUGAUCAGCCUAAGGCCAUUCACACACCCUUUGAUUUCAGUGACAGUUACUAGCAUCUGGAUUUCAGUUGUUUGUAAAUAAGAGACUCACUGUUGCCUUUGGUUGGGGAAUACAACUAACUCUUUUCAGUGUGCCUUCGCCCCUCCACCCUCCAGAAACACAGCAGAGUCUGUGAUAUAAAGCAAUCACAAAAACUAUUUAUUUGCUGCUAAAACAAAAAACGGGGGCCCAAAAUAAAAGAAUAGUUUGCAGUCACCUUGGUUACCUCCAUAAUAAGAAGUGAAUGGUUUUAGUUAUUGUUAACCAAUUUUUGCCUAUCCUAGAAUGGAGAGCAGGAGAUACAAUAUGGAAAGGCAACAGAAGGCAAAUGCCUUCACCUUACAAGAUGAAUGAAUCAGGCGAGUAAGCAAUUCCUUUUGUUAAAAAGUUACCUUUUUAACAAAACUAUGAGGAGUAAGAAGCAAUUGAAAUAAACAGAUUUUACUCUGUUAAUGCAAAAAGUUACUGGAAGGCCGUGGCUCCAUUUCAAUAUUUACUCUCUUGGAGUAAAUUAUAAGAUUGACUGGCUUCGAGGGGAGAUGGUGCCAUCAUCUUGGUCAAACAGGCGGCUCUUCCCUGUCAGGUGGUAUGGGGGUGUGUCAUGCCAACUUUUAAACGCUGGGGACUAGAUCUCAGAAAAAAAAGUGGUUUUCUAUCCCUGGAAGUGAAUAGACACAAAGACCCACUUACCUGAUGGGAAGACCUCUCUUCACUAAGCUCUGGGUGGGAGGAGAAACAUUCCAUUAGCUGUCUCGUGCUAGGAGACAAUAAUAUUCAGACUAUGCCCUUGCAUAAAACAUUGAAUUCUCAGGGCAAUUCUUCUUCCCUUGACAUCUUUGAAGGCCAUUUCCUGCAUAAAUAAUCCAGGUAGUUAUGAAAAUCAAACUUCCAUCAGAACUUUUCCUGGUUUGGCUGUUUAUUACAUCAGAACAAGUUAAAUGUGCCGUCUCCCUCCCAGUGAAUAAGCCAUUUGAUGUCUUGGCCAAGAGUGUAAAAAUCUGGGCUUCAGUGUUAACCACAGUACUUUUUAUUUUAUAAAUUGCCUUUUUGUGUCAGCUGCUCAAGUUUCCAGCUAGAAUUGCUAUCACUGUGGCUCUUUCUAAAAAAUCUUGUUAUUUAACAGGCUCACUAAAGUGAGUCCCAGCAAACUGUGAUUUGAUAAAGGAGCAGUCCUUGGAACACAGCAAGGACUUGGGGUAGUGCUUCCGGUGGAUUUCAUAGCACAUUAUUAUUAAAUGUACUGGAGGGCAUUUCUAGAAUCCAGGAAGUCUCUGGGUCUGAUGGAAAGUUCUUUCUGCUAUGAAUAAGAGUGGACUUUUUUUCCCCAAUGGAAACUUCAACACACCCAGAAUCUCCUGAGAUUCUAACUUCAAGUCCUUUGUCAUAGAAAGACCCUGUUGCUAUGGAAUAUGAAAUAGGGCACGUCAGAUGGAGAGAUUCCUUUAAACUUAAGAGCCUUAAAUAGCUUUGAAAGUACACCAAGACCGUUUCUUUGAAAUUAGCAUUAGAAAUGCAUAUUUUUAGGUGUCCUUGAAGCUUUUUGGGGACUCAUGUCCAAAGCCCAAGACAGUCCAAAGGAAGUGUGUCUGCAAAACUGGGUACCUAGAAGUAUAGACAGACUUCUCUUUUGUAAUGCUAAAGAAAAACUAGAAAUCUCUCUGAGCUGUCUGUGAAGAGGGGUUAAUCCUGAGCAGUGCCUCACUGAAACACGUAGCCUGCCUUGUCCACAUAGCCGCGUCUGGGCGGCAUGCUGCUCUGCUAGUCUCCAGCAUCUUUCUGCUCUCGGCCUGGCCCUGUUUGCCUGUCACCCACCUGCUUUCUUCUCUGCCCUCCUGCCCUCUCACAGGGGUCAUUCAUUCCUACCUCUUUUCUUGGGCCCAGACAAUUUUUAGAGGAGUUCCCAAGAGUGCUUGUGAGGCGAAUAUGUUUGCCCUUGGAGCCCAAUGGCCAGUUCUGUGUGCCCUGCGGACCGUCAGGCCUUCUGGGUGGUGUUGUGCCAAGAGCUUCUGGAAGCUUCCCUUUGCUUGAAUCACCACCAUUCAUGACAAAUGAGCAAUGCGCUCUUUUGAUGUUUGUUCUAAAAGUAGCUUAACUGUUCCUCUUCAUACAUUUUUUAAAGUAAUUGCAUCUUGGAAAGCAAUGCUCAUGAAAAACAACUUUAAAAGCAUAUUUUGAUUCUUUAAUAGCUAUCUCCCGCUGAAACUGUCCUGGUAAGGCUAGCUGCUGCUCUUCCAUUUCUCCUAAAUCUGAGUAUUCCUCAUGUUCCUAAGUGGAAAUGCUACAGAUAUAUUUAAAAGACUGGACAAUUCAUCUAUACUGUGUAAGAAAUUACCUCCUUAACUGCCCAGUAGAAUAACUGUCAGCAGGUAUGUUCAUCUGAUUAUAGUACUGCAGUUUUAUAUUAAUAAUUUGCAGACUUUUAUCUAACCUGCACUCAUGUACAGAUUAUUAAAAAGUUUUAAAAUGUAACUGAUUAAUCAGUAUUUGGUCAGUCAUUGUCUUGAUUUUUUAUUAAAAUGUAUAUUUCUAAUCAUAUUUUAUAAAGCCAAGAGAACUGGUUGAAUGAAUGUUUAUUUUCCUGAAGGUAUUUUUAAGAUAAAGCUUCAUAAUGGCGUGUAAACUUUGCAUAUCUAUGUAGUUUGAUACAUAUUGUCGAGUUUGAAAAUCUUGUGUAUUGUAACUGGUUUUAUACGAAAUUCUGAAUAGUGAAAAUUGUAUAAUUAUAAUCAUAUAAUUAAAAGUGUUAACCAAACAGCC